AUCGACCUUUUCCAACAUGCUGAAGUAGGUUUUGAACAUCAUGAUUGCUUUUGGCCAAUUACUUUUACAGCUAUUUGUUCAGGUGUUUCAAUAGACAAAGUAUUCUAUGACUUAGUGAUAGUUGAAAACAAAGGUAUGUUUGAUACAUUUAAUGUUGAAUCUUUAGAUUCUUGUAACUUUCCUCUGACAAAUAGUUCAUUAAUAACUGAUAUAUUUAUCAUCUCAUCUUUAUACCAACAUUUUGGGAUAAGAGAAAUAUAG